UUCCAUAUCCUCCUUCUAAACGCCUGUCGGUACGUGUGGUCAAAAUGAACAGAGCGGUAGCAAACCUGUUCACUUCGCCGUACCCGACGGCGAUUCAGACGUCGUUGGACUCGUAUGCUAGCAUAGCUCGAUACGAUCCAUCGGGGCGAUUCAUUGUUGCAGGGCGCGUGGACGGGAUUGCUAUAGUCUGGGACUUGGACACAAAGGGUCCGGUGCGGACGUGCGAGGGGCAUGUCAAGGGUAUUACCAGCGUCGACUGGUCGCACAACUCGCGCUAUGUCCUAACGUCGUCGAAGGACUGGAAUGUAAUCGUAUGGGACCUCGCCUCCGACAGCGAACCUCCCCGCCGUCGGUCUACAAUUCGCUUCGACGUACCUGUGGUUUUUGCAUCGUUCCAUCCCAAAAACAGCAAAAUCAUCCUCGUCCUUCUGAGCAGCGGAGAGGUCUACAUUGUGGACCAACGUAAGGAAUACAAGGGACGCUACGAGCUCAUCGAGGCUUUGGAUGAGAGUGACGAUGAGGGUCAAUACAACAGAUCGAGGUCUGCCCCAACAGCAGCACGGUUUGACCCGUCAGGCAAGCAUGUCUUCGUAGGUACGACAUUGGGUACACUCCUAGUUUUCAACACUCGCACCAAAACCAUGAUAGCCCGACAUAAGAUAGCAGGCGCAGGCAUCAUCCGUGGCCUCGAAUUCGUCGCGUCAGGAAGACGAAUAGUGACGAAUUCUUCUGACCGUGUCCUCCGACAGUUCAACCUGCCAGUAUACGCACCUCCCAAUGCGGAUGGCGAGUACAUCGAACAGGAGUUGGAGCCGACGCACCGCUUCCACGACCCCAUCAGCAAGGUGUCGUGGCAUGCCAUGUCGUACAGUCCAGACGGAGAGUGGUUAGCAGGAGGCGCCGCAGACGAUGCUGCACACAAAAUCUACAUCUGGGACCUCGCGCGAGAGGGUCUCCUUGCGAGCACGCUCGACGGAGGCCGCGAGCUGCUGACCUACGUGCACUGGCAUCCGCAUAAACCCUCGAUAGCUUCCGUCACGAAUUUGGGCAACAUCUUCAUCUGGCACUGUCCAACGGAUGAGCGCUGGGGAGCCUUCGCAGGAGGGUUCGAGGAGGUGGACGAGAACGUCGAGUACGAGGAACGAGAAGACGAAUUUGACAUUGAGGACGAAGCGGAGAUCGCCCGGCGCAAAAUGCUUGAAGAGGAGGAAGACGUCGACAUUGAAAGCGGAGUCGAGGAGGUCAACGGUACCGCGGAUCAUACACGGCAGAACGGAGAGAACGAUGAGGAUAUUCUGUGGGCAUUGGAGGAGCCGGAUGACGAUAUGAAGGGCUGGGAGUUAAAGGUGAUCAUGGACGAGGAAGAUGGAGUGUAGCUUGUCCCUGCGCAUGUUGUUGUUGUUCCGUGCGACUUGUAAUC